AUGACAGUGAUUCCAGUGCAACUCGACACGAAAACACGAUGUCUGGCUGGCAGAAAUUUAAUUAUUUCAAGAUUGUUUCGUACGGCCACGAGUAACGGCAUAAAGGUACAGUUAACUUCUCAAGUUACAUUUAAGACAAUUUAGAGAUUUACCCCGCACGGCCCAACUUCAAUGUUGAUGAAACAAAGUAAAACUAUUCUACUUGACAAUAACGGUGAGAUCGAUAAUAUGGAAAUUUUUAUCACUGAAUCCAUAAUAUAUUCACACAUGACAUCUCCAUACUAUAUUCAUCGUAUUGAAAUUGGCAAUUAGUAUGGAAAUUGGAAUUCCAUAAUAUUUCCAACUAAGACUCGCAUUAUUUCCACACUAAGUAGUAUUCAUUGCACAACUAUAUAUUGUCUAUAUUUAUUCACAUCCCGACAUAAAUAAUUGAAACGGUUGUGCGAAAAUUGAUAAAGAACAGUAUAAAUUAUAAUGUCUAAAUAUAUCUAUCUUAAUAAUGAUGGCUGUGGUGGUGAUGACGAUGGUGGUGAUGACAAUGAUGAACUACUCUUAUACUGAUGGUUGUAAACUUGUGACAGAUGAGGGUAGUGGUGAUGGUUGAGUACAGUGUGGUGGUCAUGUCAGGAUGCUGGUCAUGAUUGUUCUUGCCAUACUGUUGAUAAUGGUAGUGAUGAUUGUGAUAAUGGUAAUGAUGGCGGUGGUAAUAAUGGUGGUGGUCAUAAUGGUGGUGGUGAUGAUGGUAAUGCUGGUGGUGGUAAUAAUGGUGGUGGUCAUAAUGGUGGUGGUAAUGAUGGUGGUGGUCAUAAUGGUGGUGGUAAUGAUGGUGGUGGUCAUAAUGGUGGUGGUAAUGAUG